CGCCCCGCAGUCGGCCCGGCGCCCUCUCCCGGAGACGCGAUGGCGGCCGUCAGGGUCAAGGCCUACCUGCUGGGCCGCGAGGAGGCGGCGCGCGAGAUCCGCCGCUUCAGGUUCUCCUUCGGCGGCGAGCCCGAGGCCCCGGCGGGAGCCGAGCCCGAGCCCGAGCCCGAGGCCGGCCCGGGGCCCUGCGAGCGGCUGCUGCGCCGGGUGGCCGCCGUGUUUCCCGGGCUGCGGCCCGGAGGCUUCGUGGCGCACUACCGCGAUGAAGAAGGGGACCUGGUCGCCUUUUCCAGCGAUGAGGAGCUGACGAUGGCAAUGUCCUACAUGCGGGAUGACACCCUCCGCGUUUACAUUAAAGAGAAGAGGGAGUGCCGGCGGGACCACCGGCCCCCAGCUGCUCAGGAGGCGCCCUGCAGCCUGGUGCACCCCAACGUGAUCUGCGACGGCUGCGACGGGCCCGUGGUGGGGACCCGCUACAAGUGCAGCGUCUGCCCCGACUACGACUUGUGCUCAGCCUGCGAGGAGAAGGGCCUGCACCCGGAGCACGGCAAGCUGGCCUUCCCCAGCCCCCUGGGGCAGCUCUCCGAGGGCUUCUUGCAUGGCCGCUGGCUCCGGAAGCUGAAGCACGGGCACCACGGGUGGCCGGGCUGGGAGAUGGGCCCGCCGGGGAACUGGAACCCACGGCCUCCUCGAGUGGGAGAGGCCCGUCCCGGCCCCGCGGCGGAGUCAGCUGCUGCCUCCGCAGAGGAUGCCAGUGUCCAUUUCCUGAAGAACGUAGGAGAAAGCGUGGCAGCCGCGCUCAGCCCCUUGGGCAUCGAGGUGGACAUUGACGUGGAACACGGAGGGAAAAGAAGCCGCCUGACGCCUGUCUCUCCAGAAGGUCCCAGCACGGGGGAGAAGUGCAGCUCUCAGCCAAGCAGCUGCUCCUCCGAUCCCGGCAAACCCGAGGGGAGCGUGGAGGCCGCGGCGCAGUCCCUGGCCGAGCAGGUGGAGAAGCUGGCCCUGGAGGCCCGGGGGCAGCCCGAGGAACUGAUGGAGUCGGGUAACUGUUCCGGAGGGGAUGACGACUGGACUCACCUGUCCUCCAAGGAAGUGGACCCGUCCACAGGUGAACUCCAGUCUCUCCAGAUGCCGGAGUCGGAGAGGCCGAGCUCCCGGGGCCCGUCCCAGGAAGGACCCACGGGGCUGAAGGAAGCUGCGCUGUACCCGCAUCUCCCACCAGAGGCUGACCCCCGGCUGAUCGAGUCGCUCGCGCACAUGCUGUCCAUGGGCUUCUCCGACGAAGGCGGCUGGCUCACCCGGCUCUUGCAGACCAAGGACUACGACAUCGGCGCCGCCCUGGACACCAUCCAGUACUCGAAGCACCCCCCGCCGUUGUGACAGCUCUGCCCACCUGCUCCAGCUUCCUCCUCUCUCGCCUGGUAGUUGUGUUGAGCUAGUGUAGACCAGCAGCUUCCCUAAGGCCAGCUUCUCUGCAUUCUUCUUCUGGAAUCUGGGGCGGGAGGCGUGAAGCCACGUAGGGCAGUAGACAGGCACCGUGAGGGGAGCAGCGUGUGCAGUGACGGGAGGGCGUGUGGGGGCCAUCGGAGAACCAAACCAGCACCGAGGCCACUGCGAUAUCCCACCGGGACCCUGGCCAGGAGACCCUGAGGGUGCUGUGCCAGGCUCCCCUCUUCCCCUCCCCACCGGGACUACACCAGCAGGCCAGAACAAGCUUUCCUAACGGCUACCUGCUUUUUCAUGCUUUUCUACAUGGCUAACAGAAUGCUGACAUUUAGUUGAUUAUCCACUGGAAACCUGCUCUACGCUCUGAUUAGCGCACUGCCAGUGUUUCCCCAGGGCAGAGGGUGGCUCCUUCCCCAGGAGCAAGAGCAGGGGGCAGGGAAGUCGGGAGAGGAUGGCCCCAGGACGGUGGGGUCUGCUUGGGAAUUGAGGCCGCUAAGGGGAAGUCGGAGGUGGUUGUCACAGAGUGCUGCUUCCUUGUUUCAUAACCACUCAAUUCUCUCAUUUCCAAAUGCCAACUGCUUUUAAAUUAGAAAAUCCCUUUGUAGCCAGUUUGUCAUAUUUGUAAACAAACAUCUGUAAUUAAAAUUAAAUUUAAUCAAA